GGUUUUAAAAUGUGGCCAUAUUGAUCGGUAAAGUAGCAUUAUAUACGGCUAAAUGUACAAAUAUAGUGAAAAUCAAUAGGCCGGAAGAAGAGAAAGACUAAACGUUUUGAAACGUUGGAAACGUGUGCCUAACGUUCAAUACACAGCAUCAGCUGACUCUCCCGUCCUCGCUACACAAUAAUGUGACCUAUUUUCGAUCAAGUAACGUCCGAUUCGCGUACCCUUCACGUAACAAAUAUGAAAUAAGGCUUAGCUUGCGUGUUCGAAAAUAGAAAAUACGUUAGUCGGCCUAUAUACGUUCCCUCCCGCAGCGGGGUCCGUUCAUGUCCGUUUACUGUGCAGUUCCUUCACAGUGGCCGUCGGAGGAGGUGGUGGAGAAACAGGCUUAAUAUGAUGCCUUCGGGGUUACCAGAAGGGCAGAAUAGUCUUGGUCACGGAGUUAGGAAUCUGCGGUCGAGUGUUGACUUGGGAUGCUCGCCGUCACAAUCCCAGCAGAUGAAGAAGCAGAAGAAUAACUGUGAAGCUCAAGCUGCCUGGAGGCCGCCUCUGAUGGUUGAGCCUGAAGACAUAAGAGAGGACGAGGAGCCGCAGGGUUUGGUAGACCACGGAGAACUGGACACCGAUGCUAAGCUCUAUGUUGUCAAGGAGAAUACCAGUAAUGGCGAAGAAAAGAUCCACUCGCUGCUGCAGAUGCCAUCUUGUUUACCAAACAGAUUAUUAGAUAAAAGCCAAAAUGCUUACCUUUCCUCCAGCUCAUAUAACAUUCUCAUGAUAGAUGUGUCAGGGUCAAUGAGUGGCUAUUGGAGACCUCUAAUGUUAGGCUGGAAUCAAUAUGUAGCGCCUUGUUUAAUUGGACGAACUAGUCUCUUUGUGUUUGGUGACAGCGUUGCACUGAAGAGGUCGGGCACAAUAUUAAAAGUAACAGAUUUUGGCGGAGGGGGAACAGACUUGACUGGUGCUCUGCAAACCAUUGUAAAUGAAGUUUAUCAAUGCAAGGAAAGAUAUAUCAAGGUGUUUCUCAUCACUGAUGGCCAUCAUAAUGUCACUCCAAUAAGUCCAGAAACGGUUAUUCAACAAAUGUGUUCUCCCAAGAGUAAAAAAUGUGAUGUAUUUGUGUUAGGUGCAGGCAGCGCUUUUCCUGUGCAGUACAGUAUUAACAUUCGAUCACGUUUGCAUAAUGGAAGUGCCAACAUUCCCUCUUUAUUUUGGGCCAGAAGGUAUGCAGAAAUGGAGGAACGGAUGGAAGAGAUUGGAAGUAAAAUAUCUGAUGGGACUUCUCAGACCCUGCGAUUGUCAGUGGCAGGCUUUUCACUACCUGAAGGGGAAGCUAAGUACACCUUUCACCCAAAGGAAUGGGUAUAUUUUCCACUUGGACCAGAACAUGUACAAAGACUCGCACUAGAAUAUCACAACAACAUUUGCCACAUCUUGUUAGAGCCUUGUCAGAUACAGUUAUCUGUUCUGAAUGAGGUAUUUCGUCAGUGGAACUCGGUUAUUAUUCAAAUGCAUAAUAAGAAAGAAGUUAUACCAUCUGAUAUCAUACCCUUCAUGGAGCGACUUUUCAACACCUUAAUAGAGGACCUCAGCCAUUCUAAAUCAGGAUCUAUUCGUGAGCGGCUUGCAAGAAAGGAUUUCAACACUUGCAUAUUAGAGUUUAGAACAUUGUUGAAUAAGAUCAGAGCAAUACUAACAACUGCAAAGUUUAGUAAUGAAUUAGAGCUUGCAGAAAAUAUUUUAAGUACUACAGUUGGAGGAGGGAAAUAUGAAACAAAAAUUCUACAGAUGAAAGGCCAUACAGAUGAGGAGUAUGCAAAAGAUUGUGAAGAGUUUAUGAAGAUUUAUGAGGAACAAAAGACCAGAAUUCAGGAUAUCAAAGUCACUCCAGAAGAUUGUUGCCGAAUCACAUUGUCAUGCACUGUGUCUGACCUCCAGGACCCAGACUUCCCUAUGAUGAUCAAUCUUAACAAGUUUGAAUUCAUGAAGCAGUUCACUAUUACUGGCAUUCCAGUGUAUGCACCCAGCAGGGAUUCUGUAGCUAUUAAUCCCUGGUCGUUUGGUAUUCAUGCUCUAGUUAAUGCACCAUACACUAUUAUGAGCCAAGUGGCCAUUGAAUUGUAUGCUGAUUCCAACCCUGUAUACAAGAUUAACAGAGAUGUACAGCUAAAAUGGGAUAGUCUGAAAACACACUUUAAUGCUAUAGUUCCAGUCUUUUCACCAGACGUUGCAAGAGUCAUGAGCCCAUUAGUUCAUACAAGGCUUUAUUCAAUGUGUACAACUUUUGCCAUUUUGAAAAAUCCACAUAUUAUUGACUUUAACAUUCACAUGGCAGCUUUGGGGGUGACAUGGGUGAGGAUUCUGUUCGAGUACCCGACCCAGCCUAGGCCUGAGUUUGUGCACCUUCGUAUUAAAAGUAUAGAAGCGACAGCAGCGUUGUACCUCAACCGACCAAGCUACACAAAAUACUGGCAAAUGCUUAUCAGUGACACUGCUCAAGCACUCAUGACAGAGAGCACUAUAACAGUAGAAAACAAAACAAUAAAAUGCGAGUCUCUCAUUAAGCCAAUGUUUAUACUUCACUUGCACCAACGGAGCGAGAACCCUCAAGAUGCGAGUGUUGUUGCCAACAUUAUGAGGAUGAUACUCUUAGAAUACAUCGGUCGCUGCCUCUCUCACUACAAGACAAAUGAGAAUAAUUCAACACCCUUCACAGAUUUCUUUGCCAAAACACUUGCUGAUCAAGAACUUAAAAAAGAAUGGGUUCAGAAAUAUAUUGCUACCACCAAAGAAAGCAUGGCAGGAUCUGAAGGCCUUCUCUUAGAGGACUAUUACACACUGGAAAAAGUACAGAAAGCAGCUAGGAAGAUUGCAUCAGAAGAAGUUAAAAAUCUGAAGGAAAAGUUAACGGCACAGAUCCCAAUAGCAGUGGACUUGAAGAAAGUGGAACGGCUGCGCAAUGUGUCUUUAGCUGGAGAUGUGUCGUGGUUCACACUGCAAAUUUUUGCCAGGGAAGUUGGACUAAUGGAAGAAGUCAUUGACAAUUUGUUUAGUGAACAAAGUUUGUUUGUUUACACCGCUCAUGCCCUACAGUACAGAGCCUCUCGGGAGAGGCUUACUACUCCAGUGGCUGACUAUGAGGCCAUUCGAACUUUAGUGACCAAACAUGUACAGCAGGAGAAUUCUCGAAUUAUAGCCAAGGCUCUUUCAAAUGAAAUAGUUCAACAGAUGCAGGGUGCUUGGUUACAAGCAUAUUUGGAUGCACACAUAGAAGUGGUUCAACCCAUGACGAGGCAACAAAUCCUAGUAGAGGCUUUAGGACGAGGAGUGGAUGUGACGGAUGCCACCUUCGAACAGGUAUAUAAGAAAUACCGUCCUGAUGUAGGUCUAUUGGGUAAUGCCUGUCAAUGUCGAGCUUGUCCGUAUUUUUUGAUACCGAAUAAGAGUUAUAAUCAACACUCAUCAGUAGAGCGUCGUGGUCCUGCAGCUUUUCCUCAUGGUCUGCACCGGGCAGCCUACCGCCUCAGGGACAGCGAUCUGUCAACAGUUAUCUCCCACCUUGAGUCUGGCACUUUCAACACUCCUGUCCCUCUUCAGUCUGUUCAGCCCUACAGAGAUAAACUUGCAGAAUUGAAGGAUAUAUAUAAAGAAAUAUAUCUGCAUCAACAGAACCCUUCAUUGAUUGCCUCACCCACGAAGUCUCUUCUACUACUGCACUCCGAGAAGCAGGCGAGCAACAGGAGAUGCCGAGCCCUAUGCCAGCUUGGAUUAUCAACACCCGGACUGAUUGAAAUGCACCUGCAUCAUCAGCUGGGACAGGUGCAAUGGGUUGGUUAUGAAGAAAAAGCUUUAUGAACCGUUACCUUCAUUAGAAUGAAGGAUUUUCAUGGCUUCCUGCCAAAUGAACAUUUAUACACAUAAAUAAACAAUAAAUGUUGAAGCCAAUACAAUUAUUAGGCUUAUUUAAGGAUUUAUGUAUGUUAACAAUUCAUGUUUAGUUACUUGUUUUAUGCUUCUACAUGUCUAUGAUAUAGUACAGUACAAUUCUGAUUCAGGUAUUUAGUGUAAUUAUGUUAAAAGGGAGAAAAUAUAGACCUAAAUGAUCUAAAUCCAUAAUCAUAUUUGUGUAGUUUAUGAAAACUUUAUAAUUGUCUAACUCAGGGGUUUGGCAUAUUAUCGUUCCCCUCCCGAUUUGCUAUGAUUACAUAGUAUUAUUUAGGAAAAAUAAAAAAGGUCAUUCAGAUUUCAUGUAAUUUAUUAUUAUUAUACAUCCACUUAGUGUUGUGUGUUCACUGAAUCUAAAAUUAUCUUUAUAAAGAUUAAUAUACUGUACAGUAGUAACAGAAAUUAUUAAUUUAAUGUAUGUACUGUAUAUAAUUUUCAUUUUGAUUUGUAUGUCUAGUACAGUAAUACAGUAUUUAUUUACAUUACAUAGAAGUAUUUAUAAUAAUAAUAAUUUAUUUAGGAAAAGUACAUACAUAGAUGCAGUUGCAAACAUUCUGAUUGAUUAUAAUAAUUUACUGAACUGUAAUUUCCUUUGCUCUGGGAAAACUGAAGUAGCUGCAUUAUGAAGAUCAUUUACUCAAGCAGCUAAUUAUUUUUAUUGCCGCUGUUUUUGAAUACAGGUACUGGCAUGUUUGUAUAAUUUAUCAAAUAAUUUAGUUUCUGAAUCUUAUUUUUGUAUCAUGUUUUCUGUCUAUAAAUAAUAAACUUUAUUUCUUUAA